AUGGAAGAGAGAGUUGAUUGUGAGAAAUCAAUGGAUGAAGUGAUGCUUCCAGGGUUUAGGUUUCAUCCCACAGACGAAGAGCUUGUAGGGUUUUACCUCAAGAGGAAGAUCCAACAACGACCUCUUAGCAUUGAGCUCAUUCGGCAACUCGACAUUUACAAAUAUGAUCCAUGGGAUCUCCCUAAGUUGGCGACUACAGGAGAGAAAGAGUGGUACUUCUACUGCCCGAGAGACCGGAAAUACCGGAACAGCGCGAGGCCAAACCGGGUAACCGGGGCUGGGUUUUGGAAAGCCACCGGGACCGACCGGCCGAUCUACUCGUCAGAAGGGUCCAAGUGCAUAGGGCUGAAGAAGUCCCUGGUUUUCUACAAAGGUAGAGCUGCCAAGGGCGUCAAGACCGACUGGAUGAUGCACGAGUUUCGCCUCCCUUCUCUCACUGACUUGUCAUCACAAAAUAUUCCUGCCCAUGACUCGUGGGCAAUAUGCAGGAUUUUCAAGAAAACGAACUCGACCUCCCAAAGAUCUCUCGCUCACUCUUAUGUCUCUCCAACGUUACCAUUUGAAACCACUGCCUCAGAAACUGCAAACUCACUCAUUCACUCUCAACUAAGCCCAGACACUCCUUCCUUCUCACCAUCCCCAUCCAAAACCAACUCCUCCAUUCACAUUCCUCCUGACAAUAUCACUCCCAUCUUGGACUCAUCAUCACUGGUUCCAUGGACUAAUUUAGACUUUGCCAUCAUUUCAUCGAGCAUCGACCCGAACCCUAAUCACUUCCUCUUCCCACCUCUCCACGAAACAACCACCUCGGAUGUCUCCUCCAUUCUUCAGACCAUGUCGUCCUCUAUGUUCGGAGAUGUUGGCAGGAGCUUCGAGUGCGAUUUAAAUGACCAUCAAGGACAGUUCAACGAUGGCUUCUCACUACUGACUCUACCGAUCGAAAUGCAAGCGAACGAUGCGAUUGCCAGUUGCGAAGAAGCGUCCUCUUUGUUCCCGAGGAACCCGAGCCGCGACAAGCUGUGGGAGACAGUCCGGUUCGGCGGUUCUCCUUACGGCUUGGACGAUAAUUAUUUGAACGUGGGGGAUGCAUGGAAGUCAAACUUGGCGUGGGAUGCAACGAGUGAUUUGUCAACGUAUUAUUAUUCUACCACCAAGUGCUUCACCUAA